AUGUCUUUAAUGGUUGCUGAUUCUUCGGAGAAGGGUAGGAAGAGCAGGCUGCUCAAUGGUUUGAAGAUUAAGGAUAUAAUCGAGAGUGAUGGACGGGAAGAAAUCACGAAGCGAUCUGGCGGGCGACGGUCAUACAGGGUAAAGGAUGGUCAGAGGAUAGAUUACAGGUUGCGAAAGACGAGGGGGGUGGAAAAAGGGGAUGUUGGUAGGGGUGUUCCUGGGAGUAUUGAGGAGUGGAAUGAAUUGAGUCCGAAUGUUGGGUUUCGGGAUGGUAGCCGUCAUAAGGUCGAGAUACGGUACGAUCCUAGGAAGGUUUAUAACUUUGAGCGGAUAAUUAAGAAUUCGAAGGGGGAUGUGCAGUAUUCUAAGCAGCAUCAUGAUUUUGAGAUAUAUGAGACGGAGGAUCUUUUGAAUAUGUUGGAUAAUGAGUCGUAUCCAUAUCGUGGGGCCAUUGCGCAUAAGAAGGAUUAUUCUACGCAUAGGACGACGCCGAAUGUGCGUGAUCGUCAGUUCUUUCAAAAGUUGUUGUUUCAGAGUGCUUCUGCAUCUAAGAUUAACGGUAAUACUUUACUUUCGUUCACGGAUGAGCCGGCAUCUGCAAGUACGAGGAGUAGUCAACAGAGGGUUGAAGAGACAACUAAAAUUGAGUAUAUUUACUUUAAUGAUAAUGAGAUAGAGACAUGGUAUAGAGCACCAUAUCCAGAAGAAUUUAAUAAGAACCGUAUUCUAUACAUUUGUCACUCAUGCCUGAAGUACAUGAAUUCGAAGUAUGUUUAUUAUCGUCAUAGGUUAAAAUGCACUAUGACCCAUCCACCAGGAAAUGAAAUUUAUAGAGAUGGAAAAAUAUCCAUUUGGGAGGUUGAUGGGCGUGAACAGGUUAUAUAUUGUCAAAAUUUGUGUCUUUUGGCUAAAUUGUUUUUGAAUUCUAAAACAUUGUACUAUGAUGUUGAGCCGUUUGUGUUUUAUGUAUUAACAGAGAAUGAGGAACUCGAAGGAACAUUAAAAUUUAACAUUGUUGGCUAUUUUUCAAAGGAAAAGUUAAACACAACGGACUAUAAUUUGAGUUGUAUAUUGGUGUUACCGACGCAUCAGAGGCUAGGGUAUGGGCAUUUAUUAAUGGAUUUUUCCUAUCUGUUAUCAAGAAGGGAAUUUAAAUGGGGCACCCCAGAAAAGCCUUUGAGCGACCUAGGACUGCUGUCUUAUAGAAAUUAUUGGAAAAUAAAGAUGAUAAAGACCUUGAGCUCAUUAAGGCCAUUUAUGGGUAACUCAGAGGUUUUUAAAAUUUCAUUGGAAGAUAUAUCAAAUUUAACAGGGAUGGCUCCUACGGAUGUGAUAUUUGGAUUGGAACAGAUUGGAUGUUUUUACAAGUACAAUUUUGAAAAUAGAUACCGUUAUGCAAUCAAAAUUGAGAGUUGGGAAAAAUUCCAGGAAGCCAAUAGACAGUGGGAUAAGAAGGGAUACCUAACCUUAGACCCAGCAAAGCUUAUUUGGAAACCGUUAAUAUUUGGACCCUCGUGUGGUAUAAACGCUGUAGGUACAAUGGUCGAGACAACCACAGGAAACCAAAGGAACACAAGUGCUGUUGGUGCAAAUGAUGGCAAUGAUUUAUUCAAGAAUAGCAUAUCCGUUUUGGUCAACUUUAUGCAUGACGAUAUACUCGAUCCCAGGCCGAUGGAGGAGAUGUCCCGAAACAAAAUUAUGGAACAGCAGUUACUUUCUGAUCCUAUUGACAAGAUCAUUUUGAGUCAAGAUAUCAAAUUGCAGUUGGCCUACGAAAAUCCAAAAUUGCCAAAUGGAAACCAUGCAGAGCACAAUGGGAAAAAUAACAAGGUGCAGCCAGGAGUCGCCUCGAGUGAAUUAUCUGAAACUCCUCAAACUGUAGAAUCCUCAGAUGUGGGAGAAGAAACUGAUGAUCCUCCAUUCCAAGAUAUUGAGACUGACUCGUAUGAUGACGGGAAUCUUGAAGACGCAGCCGAUGAUGAUUAUAGCAGAGCUGAAGAAGAAGAAGAAGUUGAAGAUUACGAAGUUGAUGUGGAACACUAUGAAGAGGAAGUAAAAGAAAGAAUACGUAGAAGAAUGCUACCAAGUAGGAAACAGAAUCGUAGAUUAAGAGCGAUUAGAGGAUCAGUUUCUAGUCACGUUGAAUUUGAAGAGGAUGAAUCAGGUGAAAAAUGGGUUGACGCAAUGGAGAAUGCGGCACCAAAUAGGAGGGUGUUACGUAAUCGGAACGGUUGA